AUGGAGAAACUUGUUGCUUUCAUCUCUUUUCUCUUGUUGCUUCAGUACUAUGUUAUAAGUAGUUCAGCCAUGAACCAAUUUAAUAUCUCCACUGAUCAAUUAGCUCUUCUUUCCCUGAAAUCACAAAUCAUUUUUGGCCCCUUUCGUUUCUUGGAUGAAAGUUGGUCUCCAGCUAUGUCAGUUUGCCAUUGGGUUGGAGUCACUUGUGGCUCUCUUCACAAGAGAGUGAAGUCCUUGAAUCUUGCUGACAUGGCUCUUAAUGACAGAAUUCCACCUGAUUUUGGAAACCUCACAUUUCUUGUUUCUGUCAACUUGGGUAGCAACAGUUUCCGUGGAAAUUUGCCUCAAGAAAUGGCACACUUGCGACGGCUUAAGUUUCUUGAUUUAAGUUUUAACAGCUUCAGAGGGGACGUUCCUUCUUGGUUUGGGUUCUUACAUGAACUUCAAUUUCUUCAUCUUAGGAAUAAUAGUUUCACCGGCUCCCUUCCCUCUUCAUUUUCUAACAUUACAAAUCUUGAAAUGUAG